UUGCUUAUGUUAUAACUUCCGCCUUGGCUCGGUCUCCGAUUCGGAAAAAAAAAUCUGAAUACUUGUGAUUGUACUGGCAUUGCCCAAGGUAGUCCACUAUUCAACGAAACUCAAAACGCUCCGUAAUGAGACAGUAAAACGAAAAGGCGAGGUUAGUAAAACUACUUUCAGUGGCUUUUUUCACCUUUAUGGAAGCAAGAAUUUCUUGUGUGAAGGAAAUAAAGGAUGCCAAAGGAGAAGAGCAGAGUCACUUAUACACCUGAAAAUUUAGAUCAAGCUCUCGAGGAGUUAAGAAAUAAUGGAAGUCUCCGAGAAGUUGCUAAGAAGUAUGGCAUCCCAAAAUCUACUCUACAUUUUAAACUGAAGAAUCCUGGGCACAAGACUACAUUAGGUCCUUCCACUAUUUUAAGUGUGGAAGAGGAAGCUUUCCUUGAAAACUGGAUUCUAGAACUAAACAAGAAAGGAUUCCCUCUGAAGAAAGAAGAUCUACAAAGCAGUGUCCAGAAAUUCUUAGCUGACAAUCCACGACCAAAUCCAUUCAAAAACAACUGUCCCGGAGAAGGGUGGAUACGAGCUUUUAUGAGAAGACAUCCUUCCAUUAAGUUCAAAACUAAGUUACGAAGUGAAGGUGGAACACAUACAAGUGUCUAUGUAUCGGAACAGGAUGUUCGCAAAUGGUUUGCAGAAAUCCACCUGUAUUUAAUAGAAAGGGACUUAAUGGAUGUUUUGAAUGAUCCAAGACGCGUCUUCAAUGGUGCUGAAACUGCUUUCAGGCUUUUUCCUCAAUCAGGGAAACUUUUAUCGCUGAACGACAAGAAGGAGUUAACUGGUUUCGAUUACGAUAACUCUAGAGAGAUCAUUUCAAUGGUGUUAAGCUUCUCGGCCUCUGGCGAAGCAUUCCCACCGAUGCUUGUAUAUAAACAAUCGAAUAUACCGCAUGAACUUACUGACGGUCUACCAGGAGGCUGGAGUGCUGGACAGACUGAAAGUGGUCGAAUGACACCGGAAAUAUUUUUUGAAUAUCUUAGAGAUAUAUUUUACCCUUCUCUUCAAGAAAAAAUUAUCCCUUUACCUGUGAUCUAUUUCCUUGAUGGCAACAGAACUCCUAUUACCUAUGAAAUCAGUGAGCUAUGUAAAGAGCUUCGCAUAGAAUUGAUUGCAUUAUAUCCUAAUGCGAUAAAAGUUCUCCAACCAGCCUAUGUUGGUGUCUUUCAGCCUGUGAAAAUGGCUUGGAAGGAAGUUUCUACGGCUUGGCGUAGGGAAAAUGCAGGUCAGGAAAUUAGUAAAAAACAAUUCGCAACAGUAUUAGAUAUGGCAUUGAAAAAAUCAUUGAAAGUAUCAACGCUAAAAUAUUCCUUCAAAAUGUGCGGUUUGGUACCGUUCAAUCCAGAUGCAGUUGACUAUAAGAAAUGCUUGCCAAAUAGUAGCCAAAAUGUUUUUAUCAUGCCAAAGAACAACCAAAGUGUUUCACAUUUGGAAUCGACGAUCUCCUUUUCUCAAUUUCUCGAUGCAGUUGGCCCAGCGAAAUACGAAGAAUUGCUUCAGACGCAAAACAUGGAAGAGGCAAACGAAGAUUUCCAAAUAUUGCAUAAAUUGUAUAUGUUAUUUCAUCAUUCAAACGAUAUUUUAGAUACAGACAAUUCUGAAACUACUGAUCUUAAUGAUUCUGUGACAUUAGAAUCUGAGCAUCCCGAUAGCUCUGCGGCUUUAGAGGAAAUACAGGCAAGCUUUAACGUUCCUGUUUCAACUUUUGAGUUUGCAGAAAUUAUCCAAACGGAUACUCACUGAUAUUCUCAUCAUGAAAAAAAAAAAUAUUCUUUUAAGAUUAUCGCUGAAAAUAUUUCUGGUGAUUACUUUGUUAUAAAUUAUCUUUAGAUUUUUAGAGAUGGCACUGAAAAGAAUUCUACUUCACAAGCUCAUUUUUGCAAUUUUAUUGAAAUAUUAAUACUUCAAUAUGAUUGUCUAAAGCUUCAUUUAGAAGUUAUUUCAGAUGACAUUUUGAAGAACUCUUUUACUAUGAACUUUUUUGCUAUUACUUUUUUUUCUUCUGUAUAAUAUCUUGUGACUGUUUUAGCACUUCAUGUAAAAUCAGAA